AUGCAUGGUGAUGCUGAUUCUGCCAAAGUUAAUGAUGAAGCUGUUCAGCUGCGAGUUGAAGAGAUCAAGAAGAAGUUAAAGAUAUUUGAGAGACAAGAUAUCUUUAACUUUGAUGAAACUGGUCUCUUUUACAAGCAGCACCCAACAAGAACAAUCUCAGGUCAAGUAGUUUCUGAUCUCAAGACUGACAAGAUGUGUUUAACAGUUGGAUUGCUUGGUAACUCAAAUGGUUUGCUUAAGUUUGAUCCAAUAAUUAUUGAAAAACAUGCUAAACCUCUCUGUUUCAACAAGAAAACUGGAUUUGAACUUGGGUUUCAAUAUUUCAAUAACAAAAGCAGCUGGAUGACAAAAUUCAUAUUUGCAAAAGCCUUUCACACUAUCAACAUUCAUAUUAGAAAUCUUGGAAGAAAAGUCCUUAUCCUUUUAGACAACGCAACCUGUCAUGAUACAUCAUCUUUUGAUGCUGGUAUUAUCCAAAACUUCAAAGUCAAGUACUGGCAUUUUCAAUACCAGUUUGCAACACUCCAUUACAUUGCCAACAAGUCAAAGACAGAAAGUGACUAUUUCACAUUAACACGAUUGCAAGAAAUGAAUUGUAUCAUGAGGGCUUGGAGGAAGGUUACUUCUGAGAUAAUCACUAAUUGUUUCAAGCACACCGGUUUGUUUCAUGAUAUCAUACAAAAGUUCAUUUCUCCAGUUAUUGAGGAGAACUUUGAUGACCUCAAUUGUCUUUCAGGAAGUGGGAAUAUCACAAUUACUGAUAUUGAGAACCUCAACAGCAUUGAAGAAUCAAUAGAUAUCUUGGAGCGUAACUUGGUUAGCCCCAGAAGAAAUGUGGAGGAAGUAAAGGAAGAGAGAAAAGAUAAUGCAAUUAGUAGUCUAGAGUGA